AUGUUGGAUAUAUCCGACAUUUCGAUGGAUCUCUCGCACAGCAGCAGCGGCAGUGCAGGACGACGUCGUCGACGAGCGGCGUCCUUUUGCGUCGUUCGUGAUCGUCGUCGCGUCCGCUUCUCUGUCAUUCCCGACGGACCCGUAGCCGUAGAAAUCCAGCACUUUGCCAAUCCAGAAUUCACAUCUCCCAAACUCCAAGACCGCAAGGAAAUUUGGUACUCGAGCAUGGAAAUUCGUGCCUUGAAACAACUCAAUAUGGAUUUGUGUCGGCAAAAACAAGAACGAGAAGAGUCGCAAGAAGAAGACGACUCGGUAUGUUGGAGAGGACUGGAACACCUAGUAGAAGGCGAAACCAAACGACGCCAACGCAUCCAACAUUUUUUGGCGGCCAUCUUGAAGGUGCAGACGGAACGAAAGCGCAAGGGAGCUAUUCGACCCGAAGCCAUGGCCGAUGCCCUUCAGUCCUUUUCACGAUCUCAAAGUCGGGGCGAUCGAAGGCGCGCUCUAAAAGUGGGAAAACUCGAUUAUGCCGCCGCACAAGAGGGACCCACCGUGCAGCGCAAUUUAUCCCUCGAUACCGAUCAAUUUCAAAAGCGACGAACCAUCUUGCGGCGGGUAUCCCAUCGAGCGGCGGCCAUGCUGCCCAAUCGACGGUCGUCUACGCUCAGUGCCACCAGUGCGACCUCGUCGACACGGUCGUUGCAAUCCACCGGAUCGACGGCGUCGGCAACGUCGUCCAGUCGAGCCAUCGGAGCGGAGGAGACAGCAUCAUAA